GCUACACUCAGCUGAUGGGAGGGUCGCAGUUUGCAGACAGGAGACAGGAUCCAUGGCAACAAACAUGGCAGAGGCAGAGACCCGACAGAGGCUGCUGCGCACCGUCAAGAAGGAGGUGAAGCAGAUCAUGGAGGAGUCAGUCACCAGGAAAUUUGUUCACGAAGACAGCAGCCAUAUUGUGUCCUUUUGUGCCGCAGUGGAGGCAUGUGUUUUGCACGGGUUGAAACGACGAGCAGCAGGCUUUCUGCGUAGCAACAAGAUAGCGGCACUCUUCAUGAAGGUGGGAAAGAGCUUCGCCCCGGCUGAGGAGCUGUGUAGAAAGGCCCAAGAGCUGGAGCAGAUCAUCGAGACAAAAAGAAGUCAAAGCUUGCAAAGUCAAGACAGCCUUCGCAGGAUGCCCCGACUGCCCAGCCUCACCACACAGGGAGUCAGGAACCUGUGGAUCAGGACAGCUCUAUUUGAAAAGGUGUUGGACAAGAUUGUCCUCUACCUGGUGGAGAACAGCAGCAAGUACUAUGAGAAAGAGGCUGUUUUAAUGGACCCUGUGGACGGACCUAUCCUCGCCUCUUUGUUAGUGGGACCCUGUGCUUUGGAGUACACAAAGAUGAAGACAGCCGACCACUUCUGGACAGAUCCGUCUGCAGACGAGUUGGUGCAAAGGCAUCGCAUCCAUGGUGGCCAUUGCAGACAGGAUUCUCCCACUAAGAGGCCUGCACUGUGUAUCCAGAAGAGGCACUCCAGCAGCAGCAUGGAUGAGCGCCCAUCCCCCUCGCCAUCAGCUCGUGAAUACGUGGAGUCACUACAUCAAAACAACAGAGUGACCCUUUUGUUUGGCAAAAACAAUGUGCUUGUACAACCGCGGGAUGACAUGGAAGCCAUCCCAGGCUACCUCUCUUUGCACCAGAACGCUGACAUCAUGACCCUGAAGUGGACACCCAAUCAGCUAAUGAACGGCUCAGUUGGGGACUUGGAUUAUGAACGCAGUAUCUACUGGGACUAUGCCAUGACAAUCCCUCUGGAGGAGAUAGUUUACUUGCACUGUCAUCAACAAGUUGACAGUGGGGGGACGGUGGUGCUUGUCAGUAAGGAUGGAAUCCAAAGACCCCCGCUUCGUUUCCCCAGAGGCGGCCACCUGCUUCAGUUCCUCUCCUGCCUAGAGAAUGGCCUGCUUCCUCACGGCCAGCUGGACCCUCCACUCUGGUCCCAGAGGGGAAAGGGAAAAGUGUUUCCGAAGCUGCGGAAGAGGGUUCCUCAGGGAUCUGGAUCCUCAGACUCGGUCUCGGAUAAGGAGGAGGACGAGGCCACAGACUACGUCUUCCGCAUCCUAUUUCCAAACAGCCAGUCAGAGUUUGUGACUCCUCCAGACUUGAUGGAUCAGGGAGCUACAAUGUGGCACCCCACUCUCAGGAAGGCUUCGUGUUCCUCUUGUUCUCAGGGGAGUUUCUUGGACGGAACGACACUCAAGGGGUGCAACCAUGAGAGGACUCCUCUGAAGCUGCUGUGCGAUAACAUGAAGUAUCAGAUCAUCUCUCGGGCUUUCUAUGGCUGGUUGGCAUACUGUCGUCACCUGUCCACUGUGCGUACACACCUUUCUGCUCUCGUCAAUCACACCAUUGUUGCCCCUGAUGUGCCACGUGAUGCCUUCAAAGGGCUCACCGCAGACGUGUGGCAGACGUUCCUCCAGGACUGCACAGCAUAUGAAGAGAAGGAGCUUCUUCGCCUGGUAUACUUUGGCGGUGUUGAAGCGUCGCUGCGUAAAGAGGUUUGGCCUUUCCUGCUGGGUCAUUAUCAGUUUGGAAUGUCAGAGGAGGAGAGGAAGGAGGUGGAUGAGCAGGUCCGAGUGUGCUACCAGCAGACCAUGCGUGAAUGGCUCGGCUGUGAGGAGAUUGUCAAGCAGCGGGAGAAGGAGCAGCAUGCUGCGGCGUUGGCAAAGUGUUCCACUGGAGCGAGCAUAGACAUCCCCAGUCCGAAGAUGGUCCACCACGACUCAACCAUCAGCAAUGAGUCCCAGUCCUCCCAGAGUUCAGACAGGCAGAGUCUGGCUCGCCUACAGAGUGACUCCAGCAGCAGCACACAGUUCUUCACAUCCUCCCAUCCCUUCCCCUGGAGUAGCCUGCUUCCCUUUGGCUUGUUCUUUCAGGUGUUUGAAUCCGUAGAGGAGGUGGACCAGAUCGAGAUGGAGCCUAAAAAUGAAGAGGCCAAACAGGUGCCAAAGAUGCAAAAUGGAACUCUGCAGAACGAGACGAGCUCUCCCGACUCUGGACACCCCUCCUCCCGUAACUUCUCCGUCACCUCAGGCCUGUCAGACGGUUCACUCAGCACAGAGGACAGCGCUACAGCUGAUCUAACACAGAGAUCUGCAACUGUCAAACAUGGAGGGGCAGAAAGUGAAGGUCUGACAGAGGAAAUGGACAGCCUGGGGAAAGGUCAAGUAAAGAACAAAGAGGGGGAGGGGGAGGGAGAGGGGAAACGGGCUGAUGUGACUGAAACUGCAAAAAAUACCAACAGUGAGGAAACAGCUGAUAACACGAUCCAACCACUUGAAAAGGAGCUUAUGAAGGCCAACAAAGAGAAAAGCCUGCAACCUGAAACACAACAAACUGUUAGGGAGUCUGGAGUUAUUAAAACAAAAGAAGAGGACGACCAAGAUGCACUGGCAGACUUCAAAGGAGCUAAAUCUUUAGAGUUAGAGGAAACAAAAAAAGGAGUGUCCAAUGAGGAUACUCUGAUGGUAUCAGCAGCUGCAACAAAAACAGCUGGAGAAUUCAGUAAGCUGAAAACAGAUACGGAAAGGAGCAUAGAGGAAACAUCAAAGAAAACAGCAGAAACACAUUUGAUAUCAAAGGAAAUGGACCAAUCAAAUACUAGCACACAAGAGGUUUCUCUGGUAGAAUACAAAGAAAAUAUAUCUGUAGAACCCGUGGCCUCUGAAGUUGAAAAGAGCCUCAUUCUCACGGCAGACACCGAGGUAUUGAGGCCAAAGGAAGCUUACUUCAGCUCUCAGAAAGACGAGGCUCAGGUCAUGACUGAGUCUGAUGAGUCUCCCUCUGCCAUAGAGAUGGAGGAGAUCCCCACCGCCAAAGUUUCCAUGGUGCCUUGGAGCAGGAAGGGGCGCUGUGAAGCCUCGACAUUUUCUGAGGACUCGGCUUCUCCUAAUGUGGAGCUCCUGCAGGAGACGGCAAGUCCAGAAGGCACAGAGUCCAUCCUGUCUGAGGAGCCGGAGAUGGAGAGCCUUUACACCCAGUUUGACUCUCUGGCCGGGUCAGAAAACACAAAGAAUGAAGCGACCCACCAAGGAUCUGCUGAGAGUACCUUCUCUCAAGAGCUUUUGGACCUGUAUACAUUAAAUCUUCACCGCAUUGACAAGGAUGUCCAGCGCUGUGACAGAAACUACUGGUACUUCACUCCUGCCAACCUAGAAAAACUGCGCAACAUCAUGUGCAGCUAUAUCUGGAGGCACCUUGACAUUGGUUAUGUGCAAGGCAUGUGUGAUCUGCUCGCACCUCUUCUCGUAAUUCUGGAUGAUGAGGCCCUGGCCUUCAGCUGCUUCUCUGAGCUCAUGAAGAGAAUGAAUCAGAACUUUCCACACGGAGGAGCUAUGGACACUCACUUUGCCAACAUGCGCUCUUUAAUCCAGAUCCUGGAUUCUGAGCUCUUUGAGCUAAUGCACCAGAACGGAGACUACACCCACUUCUACUUCUGUUACCGCUGGUUUCUCCUUGACUUUAAGCGAGAGCUGGUGUAUGAUGACGUGUUUACAGUCUGGGAAACCAUCUGGGCAGCUAAGAAUGUCUCCUCCAGUCACUUUGUCCUCUUCAUUGCUUUAGCGCUUGUGGAGAUCUACAGGGACAUCAUCCUGGAGAACAACAUGGACUUCACUGACAUCAUCAAGUUCUUCAACGAAAUGGCUGAACACCACAACAUCAAGCAGAUUUUGACCCAGGCCAGAGAUCUGGUGUGUAAGGUGCAGAUACUGAUAGAGAACAAGUGAUUCACUCUUUUCCUUCCAAGUGACGUGUGAACAGCUGUAGCAGUAUAAGAGUAAAACACAUAUGAGCACACACACAAACACACACCAAUGUUACACAAGGCCUUUGCAAUCACUGUUUGCUGCUAUGAGCCUUAUUAACUGUAUCCACAAUGUGUUUGUGUGUUGUCUUUCAGCUGUGUUAGAAUAUUAUGCUUCAUAUUUGUUAGUAUGUUCAAGUGAAAAACAAAUCUAUCCGAAAAAAUAGUUUGAUUAUUCAAUAUUUUUGUCAGAGAUCCCUCAAGUGUCAGUCUUAAUCUGAGUGCACUUCAUAUUUUGAGAUGAGGAGGGUUUUAGUGACACAUUUUAAGCCAAAUAAUUCAGAGCAGAACUAGACUAUAUUUAUGAGGAAAAUACAUUGUGAUGAUCAUUUAUAAUACUUAUUUUAAUAGUCAGAGUUUAAAUGAUUCAGAAGAACAUAUAUAGAAAGUAAUACUCUUAUAAUAUCCUGUAAUGGAAGAUCAAAAGUCAGAAAACACUUUUAUUUUCUCUAAUAACAACACCCCACAAUCUGAUUUAUUUUUUUCUGUUGAUGACUGAGAACACUGGCCUGUAGUCCAAUAUAUACCUUUUGUAGCUUUUAGCACCAUGUCAGUGAUUUAGCAUCCAACAGUGUUUUAAUGUCCUAGAACUGCCUUCUCUACCAAAUAUUACGUCCUAUUUGUUCUUUGUGAAAUGUACUGUACUGAGAGAACAAUGUGUUUUAUCCUGAGGAAUAUAUUAUGUUUAAUCUUCAAAAAUCAUUAUUACUGAAGUGACUUAUGGAUGUCUGAGUGGAGAUUUAUAUAAAAAACACAAGCCAGAUCUUUUUCUUUAUGUAGUGACUCAAUGUAUAUUUUGUAAAUUGUGCAGUUUAGUCACUUUGGUUUUGGUCUUGUAAUGUCUGGCGCCUGGUCGUUGCAUUAAAUGUUAUUUUCAGCUUUAGUAUAUAACGAAAAGAGAAAGCAAGCAGACAAGACAGUAAAAAGUUCCAGGCUUCCACAUCUUAUAGCAGAUAUUUAAGCUUAAAGGAACUAAACAGAGGGAUGAAAGUGAGAGGUAAUGUUUGACAUACUUUCAAAAGGAAUUGUGCAUGACUCUAUGUUAUGAGAGAUCAGAUCUUCAGCUUGUGAGGAUGUACAACUUGUAUUUUUUUUAACCCUUUAAAUUAGUACUGAGAUGAUCUUAGUCUUAAACAUUCAUACUUGCCAUUCAAUAACUAAAACUUCAGUAAGUGUGUCUUCAAGUGUUGCUUCAUGAUUGUGGUAACUCUCCAACUGCUUUAAAUAUUUCAGCAUUUCUUUGUGAAUACUAACUGCUGUCCCCAAAAUCCCCAUUUUAUUUAUUGUAACUGUGUUUGCCGAAUUAUUUAUUUAUUUAUGUAUUUAUACAUGUAUUCAUUUUCUUACUCAGAUGCUAAUUUAUUUGUUAUGCUAAUAUUAUUAUUUCGUGGCCAGUUGAUCACGUGUAUUGUAAAACAAUCAAAUUCUGUACUAAGAGGUCAUAAGUCUAUAUACAGUAUAUAUUAAAUGGUAUAUGUUCUUUUAUAAAAAAAAUAAAAUGAAUCAUCAUUAUUUUUCC